CCAGGAGCACGCAGACAGCACAGGGCUCUGCAGCCCGACCCGCAGCUCCAAGCGUUGGGGUACGUGGGACCCCCACAGUGCAGCCAUGCCAAAGGGUGGGACUGCAGCUGUUGGAAGGAGGCACAGCCUGUGCUCCUAGUUGGACUUCCUGAGACAGAAGGGGGGCAGCGGAGGAUGCGGUCUGGGAGAUGAGUGGCACCGAGGAUGACAGCCGCUGUCAGAAGGCAGUUCGCAUCAUCACCGAGCUGUGCAGGAAGAAAAGCCUUCCUGCCCUGCAUCUGGACACGUGCAGGGAAUUCCUUCUGCCUUCAGACCAGAGCCUGAGCAUCUCCGAGCCAGAGCUCUCCGUCAGCCUCCUUGCAGUGAUAGUUAUUGUGUGUGGACUGGCCCUGGUGGCAGUUUUUCUGUUUCUCUUUUGGAAGCUGUGCUGGGUUCCCUGGAGGAACAAGGCCAUUUCUUCUAACCUGGCCGUCUUGCAGAGCGAGGCAGACUGCAAUAAGGAGAACAUGGCAGACAAGCUCCAGGACACGGGCACCAUCAGCUUCCUGGAGGCAGCUGUGAAAAUCAGCCACACGUCACCAGACAUCCCUGCAGAGGUGCAGAUGUCCAUGAAGGACCACAUCCUGCGGCGCACGCGGAUCCAGAGGCAAACAACAGAGCCUGCAUCAUCCACCAGGCACAUCUCCUUCAAAAGACACCUUCCUCGACAAAUGCACGUAUCCAGCAUGGAUUAUGGCAUGGACCCACCCCCCGUCGCCGAGCAGCCGACCAGCAUCGGCCGCAUUAAGCCUGAGCUCUACAAGCAAAAAUCUGUUGACUCCGAGGACCCCAAAAAGGAAGCAGCAAAAACCUGUGGGAAAAUUAACUUCACUCUCAAGUACGACUACGAGAACGAGACACUGACUGUCCGAAUUCUCAGGGCUUUUGAUUUGCCAGCCAAAGAUUUCUGUGGCAGCUCAGAUCCCUAUGUGAAGAUCUACCUCCUGCCCGACAGAAAGCGCAAGUUCCAGACACGGGUGCAUAGGAAGACCCUGAACCCCACCUUCGACGAGUCCUUCCAUUUCCCUGUGCCCCACGAGGAGCUGGUGAGCAGGAAGCUCCACCUGAGCGUCUUUGACUUUGACAGGUUCUCCAGACACGACAUGAUAGGAGAAGUUAUCUUGGAGAACCUGUUUGAGGACUCAGAUCUCUCCAGGGAGACUUCCAUCUGGAAGGACAUUCAGUAUGCGACAACGGAAAGCGUGGACCUGGGAGAGAUCAUGUUUUCCCUUUGUUAUUUGCCAACUGCAGGUCGCCUCACCUUAACAGUCAUUAAAUGCAGGAAUCUCAAAGCGAUGGACAUCACCGGUUACUCAGAUCCAUAUGUCAAAGUCUCUUUGCUAUGUGAUGGUCGAAGACUGAAAAAGAAGAAAACUACCAUAAAGAAAAAUACACUUAAUCCUACUUAUAAUGAAGCAAUAAUCUUCGACAUUCCCCCAGAGAACAUGGAUCAAGUCAGCCUGCUCAUCUCUGUCAUGGAUUAUGAUCGAGUGGGACACAAUGAGAUAAUUGGGGUUUGCCGUGUGGGGGUCAACGCGGAAGGACUGGGGAGAGACCACUGGAACGAGAUGCUGGCGUACCCACGCAAGCCCAUUGCACACUGGCAUCCAUUAGUGGAAGUAAAGAAGUCCUUCAAAGAGUGGCAAGGCCGAGCAGCGAGCUUUGACAGCCAGAGCUCCUGUCCUUCUCCCAAACCACCUCCCACGCCGUGAUGUGCAGAGAUGGGACUCCGCAAUGUUACCGUGCACCUGCAGCCUCAGCACUGCAUUGCUGAGUGGUGGGGGCAGCAGUCAGACUUCCCAGCCUCGUUGUUCCUGUGUAAGUAAAGGCAGAAACCCGUUCUGUAGUCAACACGUCUUUGUCCAAUAGGUCUCCCAAAGUGAUGUGUUCCUUUUGUGGCUUUACCGUCCGGACCCUUAUUAAGAGGAAGAAAGCAGACUGAGAUGUAAGCUGGAAGUUUGGUCUCUUAAACAGUUUGUAAUCUGUAUGAAGGCUGGAAAUGUGCAAAGAUGUUUUGAGUUCCUACAGACAGCACACGUGGCCGGGAAGCAGCCGCCUGGCCCUGCUGUGCUGCAGGCUGGGUCUGCUUGGGUCAGAGCUGGGAGACGUGGGAAGGCUUCUCCUGGUCUGUGAGCAGCUCAGUGCUGUGAUGGCUCAGCCCGAGCUCAGCACUGUGUGUACAGGUCUCCUGUUGGUGUAGAGGUGUUCAUGAGCCGUUAGAAGUGUGUGCAGUGUGUGUCUCCAAUUCCUUUUGUCAUAUAUUCAAACAAAACAAAAAGCUGUUGAUUCCUCAGGGGGAAAACCUGCUUUUCUGUAUCUGAAGCCUCCCUAGAGCUAUUUGCAUGAACACUUUCUUAAGAUGCCCUUUGUAGCUGCUGCUCAUUGCUCUGAACAUCACCACGUUACCUGGAGUGGAGAGAACUGUUGUUGUUGUGAGCAGAGCUUGGAUGUGAAGGGGAAACGGUGCUUUGCUGUUAUAUAUAAAAUAGGUGAGAUCCUCACAUGAACACUAGAUCCUUCUUUCCUACAUCGUCCCACUCACAGGAGGUGAACAAAAGGGUAAUGCAGAAACACAGCUGCUGCUAAAAACUGCCACAUGCUUUUCCUGAACAAUCAGCACUUCCCAGUGAAUUGAGUUUUGAUGCCCAGACCCUGGAGGAAGGUCAAGUUUGGAAAGAUGAAACUUUCCUGAUCCCAGGGCUGGAGAGGCCAACAGUGAGCACAGCUCUGCAGGAGCAGCUCGUUGAGCUCAUCUUUAUCAGACAGCUGCAGCUGGACGCUCUCACACCUUGGAUUUCUCUCUCAGUUGCUAAAUGCAUUAGUGCUGUUUGUUCUGCUGUAAUUCAAUCAAGCCAGUUAAAAUAUUUUGCUUUCGAGUUGAAGCAAAAUUUGCUAGAAAGGCAGCGUUUCCCCUCAUGCCAGGUUAGCAGUAGCUGCAUCCAUCAAGUCAGCUUCAGUUUGCUUUUUCCUAAAUGUCACAGCAUCAGCCUUGGCUGAGCAUCACUGCUGUCAGCACAGAGGAUGCUUAUUUGCACCGUUUUUCUGGGUAACACAAAUCCUUUGUUCAAGUGAUGGACAAAUGUGUACUUUCCCAUCACACCUCGUGUCUUAAUUCUCUUCUUCAUCUGCGACAUGCUAUAGAAGCCGAAACUCAAUAAAAUUGUUUCAUUUGUAACUCCUGACUGGUCUCAUGAAGGCAGCAAAAAGGUUUCAUCUGGCUGCAAUGAUCACAGCUGAUGGUAAUGAAGGGGUGAUAACAGACUCCAGUUUGGUCCCUCUCUAAGUGCCGCAGUUCUCCAUUGAACUGAGAUGAUCUGUGCACACGCUUAGAUGAGCAAUAAUGAUGGGAGAAAAACCAACCCUCACAAUUUCGACUGCUUUGAGCCCAUUUAAACGAAAAGUGGUAAAACUGCAGUUGUUUUCUAGCAGUGAGUACUGAGGACUUCUACCAAGGGACAGCAUGGAGAUGCGCAGGUCUUAACCAUCCAAAACUACUGGCCACAGAGGUGGUCUGAAGGCUGACUGCUGGCCCUGAGCUUUGGUCUGCAUUGGAUGAAGCCUCCAGGUGCUCAGCAUCACUGAGGAGAGGUGGCCUCAUGCAGUUCUGCAGACCAAAGCCACCGUCCUGCGAAUGCAGAGUGGCAGCUGAGCCCUGAGUGCUGCGAUCCCAGCUGGGCACCAGGAUGGCACUCAGCACUCAUUAACUGCAUUAACCCACGCACGUAUUUUUUCUUCUUUAGUCCCAGCCUCUUAGUUUUCGGUGCUCUCUGUAUAAUCUCCGUCUUUCAUCCAUUCCUCUUGUUAUCUUGGAUUUAGUCAAAACAUGCGUGGGGUUUGACACAUGGCUUCUAUUUUUAAUCACUGCUUCGCACAGAUAAUCAAUUUCUGCUCAGUGCUGACUGUCACUGGAAAACGGGAUGUCACGCCAGCGAAAACGCCCGCGCUUCGGUGGCUCAAAGCCCUGCAUUUUGCUUUUCAGUGCUGAGAUUUGGCCUUGUCCCCGGGGAGGGGAUAAUCAAAGCAUUGUGUGCGCGUCACCGCCUCAAGAAGA